AACCCGGGAAUAUUUGACUGCCAGCGUCUCUGAAGGAAGCCUGCCGUCAGUGGUUUUUGGUGAUUGACUUUUCAAGCAGUAGUAAUGGCUACUGCAAGGCUUGAUUAUGUUGCUCCAUGGUGGACUUACUGGCUGCACAAUUUCCCUCACUUCAAUUUCUUUUUCCAGACGGUCGACAGCACUUUCAAACCAGAGGAGGCGAGCUAUCAGCAGUCUUUGAUAAUUCUAGCAUGUGUUGGUGCAGCUGGUCUUGGUGUGAGCCUGCUGGUUCUGGCGGUAUACGCGGUGUGCUUGUGCUGCUGCUACAGGGAUAUCGACGAAGACACCAAAAGGCCUGAUACCUGCUGUGUCACCUGGGUCGCCAUCAUCACAGGUCUCAUAAUAUGUUCUGCUGUUGGAGUGGGUUUCUAUGGGAACAGUGAGACCAAUGAUGGGGUGUACCAGAUGACCUACUCGCUCUACAAUGCCAAUCACACUCUGGCUAGCAUCAACAAUCUGGUUGCAGGCUCUCUGGGUAAUGUGGAAACUGGACUCAAACAGCACCUGGAACGCCUGGAUGAGAUCUUUACUACAAGGCCUGACUACCUCCAAGCUCUGCGUUUUAUGCAGCUGAUGGUCAAUAAUGUCAUCCGUGAGCUGACUGUCCUGCCAGACAUCAACAAAGCCAAUUUCGACUUGGCAGCCAUUGCAGACCAAACAGCUUUCAUUGAGUAUUACAGAUGGCUGAUUUAUCUGCUGCUGCUGAUCCUGGAUCUGGUCAUUUGUUUGGCCAUGUGCCUGGGUAUGGCCAAGCACUCUCAGUGUCUGCUUAUCACGAUCAUGGGUUUUGCUAUACUGUCUUUGAUCCUGAGCUGGGCCUCACUAGGAGCUGACACUGCUACAGCUGUGGGUACAAGUGACUUUUGUGUGUCUCCAGACAAGUUUAUUGUCAACAAAACGAAGGAUUUCCUCAGUGCAGAUGUCGCACACUAUUAUUUGUUUUGCAGUCCGAAUCUACCAAACCCCUUCCAGCAGUCUUUGACAACCUGCCAGCGCUCCCUGACCACCAUGCAAAUCCAGAUUCAAGGCUUGCUGCAGUUCUCUGUGCGUGUCUUUCCCACUGCUGAGAGAGACCUUUUGGGAAUCCAGCGACUAUUAAACUCCACUGAGUUCAGUCUACACCAGCUAACAGCCUUGCUGGAUUGCCGUGGGCUACAUAAGGACUAUCUGGAUGCCCUCAUGGGUGUGUGCUAUGAUGGAGUUGAAGGGCUCCUCUACCUCUCUUUGUUUUCGCUUCUGGCUGCCUGCGCACUCUCUGCCAUGCUAUGUGUAAUUUUCCGAGUGUGGACACUAAUGGGCAGCAGGGAAAAAGAGUACAAUGACAUAGAUGAGGAGGACCCAUUCAACCCCCAAGCUCAUCGGAUAUCCUAUAACCCCAGAAGGUCCAACACGCACAGUUUCUGUAGCUAUACAACAAGCCUUGGCAGCCAGGCCAGCCUUCAUCCACCCCCUCAAUCAACUUCUACUGCCACGUCACCCCCUGAAUACAUGAAUCAGUCCAUGCUGUUUGGAGGAACCCCCCGAUAUGAGAAUGUGCCACUGAUAGGGAGAGGAUCCCCACCUCCCUCGUAUUCACCCAGUAUGAGGACCGCCUAUCUAUCCAUGACUGAUGCCCAGAUUAGACACUUUGGAACUGAUUUUCAGGUGUUGCCUGCUGCCUACUGAAUCCCUUUCAGUGCUUCAUCUAAGACGCUAAGCUUCAACCAAGAAGGCUGUCGUCAUGGCAUAACUCUGUUUACAGGAGUGACAGCCCGCCGUCCAAAUCUGAGACAUUAAAGCAGGCCAUAAGAGACAGCUACCUCACUGACACAUUAGUGCCAGUGCCUGGAAUGCACUGAAUGCAGUUUUGAACAGAGAGGACUGUACAGUUUCAUCUGAAGGCUGCUGCUGUUUGUUGUUGUUAUCAUGGUUUAUGGAAAUACUGUUGCUCAAAUGUAAGCAUUUCUAUGAGCCAAAAUCAAGAGCCUUUGAACUCUCUUCAGUAUUCCGGUGGCGUGCAUGAAUAUAAUCAUCGGUCAGUAUUUUCGAUGUAAAGUGAGUGGCUGAAUAUGAAUAGGCCUCCCAUCAUGGCAUUUGAUUUUUUUUUGCAAUAUUCCUUUUCUUUGGCAGCAAUGCAUUCAUUUUUUUGGCCUUGUUAAUGUAAUUUCAAAUGGUGCAAUUUGAAAUGAAAUAGGAACUUAUGAAUGGGUUAAUGGAAAGGAUGCCAAAUAUUCUAGUUUUGUUUUAAACAGCCAAAGAUGCCUUUAACAAUAAGUCAGAUGGGCAUAGAUGUGUAUCUGCAAACGCAGUCAUGCUGCAUUUGCAGACACACUUGUAAUUGGAGAAAUCUCCUGAACUAAUUGGUGGGAAUGUAACGGAUUUUAACAUCCUGAUGUUUAUAACUGUGACUGUUUCACAAUUAAAACAAAAUUGGCGGUAUAACUAAUUAUAAAGAAAUUUCACUUUGAAAUACAGAACCCAGUGCCACUAGUUAGCUUCUAAAACAUGAACUGAACAUGCAAGAAACAUUCUUUAUAUUAGUAAAUAAAUACGUGUUCUGUCUGUUUUUAUGUUUGAUAAUGUAUAUAGAAAGUCUCAUGAUAAAAUGCUAUAUUUAGACUUGCUGAUCCAUUGUUUACUCAUUAGCUCUCCCUCUGAUAGCUUAGAAUGACCUACUGCAGUAAUUGCAUUAGUGUACCUGGGAUUUGGUGUGACAACCUGUACCUGGAGAUGUCCCAUGGGACAAUGGGAGUCCUAGAGGCAUGGUUCUCAAUCUGCUCUCACUCAGAGCAGACUUCUCAAAAUCAAAUAAUACAUAACACACAACUACAAAUCAGUGUCCUUGAAGUAUUCACCUGUUUCACUUCAAUGAAAUAAAGUUGUUCUUUAUACUACAUGAGUCUGACCACUUUACAAUCUUUCUGUUCUCUAUGCACCUUGGAAUAGGAGAAGCUAUGCCACAGAGCCCUAACUCGAUCCACUUCUGACAGCAGUCAGUGUUGCUGAUAGGUGUGGUCAGAAAUGUUUUCUGUUACACAUCCAUCUGUGAUGUCACUAUGUCCUGCAGUGCACCUGUAAGCCUGUACAGUGCAAUGAUAAGUAGAACUGAAAUAAACCAAUAAACAGCAGUCUGUUGACUUAAUCUGGCUGUGCAGCCGUUGAUCAAAAAACAGUGCAGAUCACAGGGAUUACACUAUGGUGGGGAUUAGGUUUUGUUUUUCUAAAGCCCUAACUUGUAAGGUCAGCUUGAACCAACUGUUUUUCAUUUUGUUCCUAUAGUUCCCUUCAAAUGGUCAAUAAACACUUUUUUGUUUGUUUGUUUUUAUGUUUUCUAAAUACCUAUUUUGCACU